AUAUAGCAUGAAGAACAUUAUAAAAGCAACAAUGGGAGCCAUGUGGUGGCCAUAAAAUAGACCCAUAAAAAAAGGGAGGGGUAUAUAAUUAAUCAUCCAUCGGUUUUCCAUUAUUGUCCUUAAUUAAAUGUGGGUGGUAUAUGUGUGCGACGAAGAAGAGAGGGAGCUUGGGAAGCAGCAGGCACCGGGUUCAUGCCCUUACUGCGGCGGGAAGGUUGAAGCCACCGAUGUCGAGACUCAGUGGAAGUUCUGCUUCUUGCCCAUGUGCUUCAACAUCAAGCGAAAGUACUUUUGUACCCUCUGCUCUCGCCGUCUUCAACUCUCCUAUCAUCACUAGUUUAUUUGAAUCCGAAAUUUCUUAGAUGAAAAGACUAUGUUUUAUUUCGUUAUUACUCAUUAUUUUUAUUAUUAACUCAUUCAACUUCUUAAUGUAAAUACUAUCUACUAAUCAAAUUAAAUGCUAUUUUUUUCUUUUUAUUA